CAAGGCAGACAUAGUCAUCGCUAUCUCAUCGGUCGGAUCGAUGGAGGACGAGGCCAACUGCUACGCCGCACCGCCAAAUGUCCUCAUCUCUCCGAUGCUAAGGUUCCCGAGCAUGGAGAGUCACUGGCCUCUCGUGCGCCACAACGCGACGUACGCGAACGGUGAAACGUUGGUGGGCCUGUCGUUCGAGAUGGGGGCGCUGAUCUACGUCCUCACACAAGACGCGGCAAGCCUGAACGACAGCGCCUACGCCAACUGCACGGAGGCCGGCAUGACGAGCCAAGAUGCGAUUUGCCCAUUUUCCAAGAACGUCGACAGAAACCAGUGGCUGAAUGAACCGUACAUGGUGUACGGCGCUUUCAUCCAGAGUAAUACAAAGAGGCACGUCGCCUUUGCCGAGUACUUCACAAGCCUUCGGGAAAAGUACACCAAAGCCCGUCGGAUAUUUGGAUCGCUCCAUCACCGAUCUGCCUUGUUGAUGUUCAACGUCCACCUGGGGGACGUCAGGAAGAAAUGCAGCGUCGACGCUUUCAGCGCCAUUAAAUUGAUCUGCAGGGACUUCUUAGGCCAGACAAGUUGCGGCUGAAACGCCUUCGCAACGUCUCUGCGCUGCACCUAGUCCUCGUUCCGAUGUUGGCGCAGUGUAGAAAAAUGCAGUAAUUUAUUUUGUAUUUCGUCACUAAAAGCAACUACUGGUUUUCGUUCUGAACGCUAAAGUUACGUGGAGGUCAUGCUUCUGAACC